GGGGCCGUCCCCGUGACAGCCGCGGCCCGGAGCGCCGUGCGAGCGGAUGGCGGCGGGGCGCUGCCCCGGGAUCCGGCUGCGAAGGCGUUAAUCGCGGCCCGCGACGGGCGGCAGAGAGACUUGAAGCGUCGCCGGGGGAAGGUCGCCGGCUGCAGCCCCUCGGCACGGCGCGUCCCCGGCGCUGAGAGCCUUUGUCUUUGCAGCUAUGACAUGGUGCACUACGGCCACUCCAACCAGCUGCGCCAGGCGCGGGCCAUGGGCGAUUAUCUGAUCGUGGGAGUGCACACGGACGAGGAGAUCGCCAAGCACAAGGGCCCCCCCGUCUUCACGCAGGAGGAGAGGUACAAGAUGGUGCAAGCCAUCAAGUGGGUGGAUGAGAUUGCGCCCGGGGCUCCUUAUGUCACCACACUGGAAACCUUGGACAAAUAUGACUGUGACUUCUGCGUGCAUGGUGAUGACAUCACCUUAACGAUAGACGGCAAGGACACCUACGAGGAAGUGAAGACAGCUGGGCGAUACAGGGAAUGCAAACGCACUCAAGGUGUGUCCACCACCGACCUCGUUGGCCGCAUGCUGCUCAUGACUAAGGCUCACCACAGCAACAUAGAUGAGGACCUAGACUAUCGGAAGCACACUGACAACUUUGGGAAGGGACCAAAAGGUCAUAGUCCUUGGACCGGUGUCUCGCAGUUCCUGCAGACAUCUCAGAAGAUCAUCCAGUUCGCAUCAGGGAAGGAACCACAGCCAGGAGACACGAUCAUCUACGUGGCCGGAGCCUUUGACCUCUUCCAUAUUGGGCAUGUAGAUUUCCUGGAGAAGGUUCAUCAGCUGGCAGAGAGACCCUACAUCAUUGCUGGGCUGCACUUUGACCAGGAAGUAAAUCGUUACAAAGGGAAGAACUAUCCCAUCAUGAACAUCCACGAGAGAACGCUCAGUGUCUUGGCGUGUAGGUAUGUCUCGGAAGUGGUGAUUGGAGCCCCCUAUGCUGUCACUGCUGAUCUGCUGGAUCACUUCAAGGUAACUCUUGUGUGUCAUGGGAUGACUGAGGUGGUUCCAGACAAGGAUGGUUCUGAUCCGUAUGAGGAACCGAAGAGACGCGGCAUUUUCCAGCUUGUGGACAGUGGCAGCAAUCUCACCACAGAUUUAAUUGUGCAAAGAAUCAUCAAGAACAGGCUGGAGUUUGAAGCCAGGAACCAGAAGAAGGAAGCCAAAGAGCUGGCAGUAUUGGAGGCCAUGAAGAGACUGGAAGAGGAGAAGCACUAGACCAGCAGGGCGCAGAUGCGUUGCUCACAGAACGCCGCAGCAUCACCCUCUUCUGGACGAGCAAGGAGCUCUUCUAGGGAGGACCCUGAACAAGGACAGCGCUGCCAGUGUGCUCGGGAUGUGCUGUCCUACCCUCUCCUGCACUAAUUAUGCAGACAUAAUGAGUUGGGAUCUUGUUGCCUAGUUCUUCCUCUGUUAAUCAGCCACUGUUCCCUUUCCCAGGAGAAGAUUUGACAAAAGGAAAAAAAAAAAAGAAAAAAGAAAAAAGAGUUUUUAAUUAUGACUAAUGUUUUAACAUGUUGAUGUGCUUUUACUUUCUGCCAUUUCUGGCUUUUAGAAGAUUGGAAAUGGAGCAGCUGCCCAGGCCCCUCCUGCCCGCAUCCAGGUUCUGCUGUCCUGAUCGGAGUCUGCAUCUGGGAGCAGCCCUUCAGGCAGCGGUGCGUGCUGCUCAGCGGACUGGAGGGAUCCCAGGGGAACGGACACAGCCCUGCAGUUCCGUGAGCUUUGGGCUGGGGAUGCCAGGCCCAUCGCUGUGUCUGCUGCCAGCAGUGCUGCCUGUGCCCCGAGGUUCCCAGCGGUGCUUCUCGGCUGCUGCCUCUACACAAAUACCAGACCCGAACUGCUGCUGGUUUAACUGGAUAAAGCCCUUCUCCAGCUGUGGCCGGUGCCGGCGAAUCAUUUGCUUCACUGGUGACAGGCAGUAGCUUGGCAUCUGCUGAGGGGGGGGAGGCACAGAGUCCCUCAGGCCUAGUGUUCUCCUUGGUGAGUUGAGGAAUUUCUCUGCACGAGGCUGGAGCAUACAGGGGGCUCUUACCAACAGCCCUUUGUGCCCCAAGAUGUGCUGGACUCGGUGCUCCCCAUGGAGCGUGCCUGGGGCUGUGCUUGCUGCUGCCGCCAGAGUCCACCUUGUGCCUGACAGAUGUUACUGGGAGGAGUGAUGCUGUGGGCUGGAAUUUCACUUUUAUUUUCUGGGGGUUGAAGUGCAGCAUGUUUACCUCCUGCAGGGCUCUGCAGGGCCUGGGGAGGACUGGGAAGAGCUGGGUGCUGGGCUGAGCCCUUCUCUGCCUCGUACAUUCCAGGGUGCUGUGCUCGGCCGCUCCCCGCACUGUGCUGUACGGUCCCUCCAUGCCCAUUCUUUUGUCCUCUGUUGUAAACUUCUGUUGCUGAUCAUUAAUAAAACAUUGACGAGUUG